CAUUCCUCGUCAUCAAAAGUGCAUCGGAUAUUGGUCUUUCUAUAAUUCUUUGCACCGCAACGUGUCUCAUGCGCUCAUCGUCGCAAUCAUAUGUAGGCCCCAAUACAUCACGCGUAAUUCGUGCCACUCACCUUCCUUCGAAUUCAAACAGACACGACAAAAAUGCCAAAAAGAGGUGGACGUUCUAGAGGAGGCUCCCGUGGAGGCAGAGGAGGUGGAAGCCGAGGCGGCGCACGAGGCGGCGGCAGUUUCCGCAGCUUCAAUUUAAGCAAAUCUCUGAAAAGAAGAGCCAACAAGAACAAGUCGGCUGCACUCGCCAACCACGACGUUCCCGAACUCAUGGAUUUGGGCGCAGACGGCUAUCUUCCCGAAAUGGGAAGAUCCAUGAAUACUCUCUCAAAACGCCCGAAUCGGCGAAUGAUGGAUGAGGCUCAGUAUACAGAUAAGCAUAUGGCAGAAACAAUGGCCCAGCCCUUGCGGUAUCGCCGAGUCGAGUUCGUCAAAGCCGCAAGCGUCUAUGAUCCAAGUAAGGAUCUCAUUGAACUGCUCAAGAAACAUGGGCAAAAAGAUGAUCUUGCACAAGACAUGCAGAAACUAAACGUGCAGCCAGAAAGCAAUGCUCUACAAAGCAAAGAGACUGGAUCCGACCUGAAACCGGCUCCCGAAGCUCCACUGUUCACAGCCCCAUCCACGGGUGAUACACAGACUAAACCUUCUUGUGGCCCGGACACAGAUAUCUCGAAACAAGAGACUGAUGUACAUCAAGACGACUCGUUGUUCGUCGAAGAGAGCAAAUCUUUGAUGGCCGAAUCCAAAGACAGUGCAGAGCUCGGCUCAGCUGAAGCCGCAAAUGACCCAGACCUUGACCUUCUUCUACAAACACACGCGUACGCAAUAGAGAACCAAACUGGUCUAUAUGAGGCUGGGUCGCCAAGAGACGAAGUCAUGUCUAUUGUUCCAAAAGUGGAUACAGCUCUGACCGAGGAUCGUGCUGAAAUCGUCUCGGGUAGUGAAUCAUCGUUCAAGAUGUCUGAUUCAGCUAUAGAAGAGUUCUUCACCAUCGACGAAACAGGUGACCAGGAACUUUUUGAGAAGCAUUCCUUUCCAAAGAAACCCACCGCAGCGCUUCUUAAAAGAACCAAUCCGAAAAGCGUACCUUCCAAACCAACAGUUCAUUCUAACGAAUCUACUCUGGCGAUCGAACGCGACCCUUACAUCACCGUAGGUAAAGUCAUGUUAAAGACCCUGACUGAUGAAUUCGGGAAUAUCAGCACGAAUCUUCCUGGUUCCAAAGGGGAGUAUCGCACAUCUUUGAAUUUCUCUGAACCUCUGGAUAGCUACUUCGAGGAAGAGUCGGAAGAUACAGAUGAAGAGGCUGCUUUCGAGGAUUGCAAGGCCCAGAUAUUGGGCGGUAUUGAUUUCGAUGAUAGUUUCAGUGAUGAAGAACUCCCAGAAGAUUUCGCGGACCUAGAUGAUAGCAAAAGCUUGCAGUUUAGCAUUGAUGACCCAAAUGAUGACAAUGGGCAGACUUUUGGCGCUCAUGAUAUUGACAAAGUGCAGAAUUUUGACGACUAUAACGUAUACGUUUCGUCUGAUGAUUUUGCAGACGAGCUACUCAAUUCAGAUGAAGAAGGUCUCGAAGACAUCCUUGCUUUUGCCAGAAAUCAGAAGAAAGUCAAUAACUACUUCAAUGCUGCACCCACGGAAACUGUGAAAAAGGUGGGUAAAGGGAAAAAACAAAGGCUAGAACUUGGCUCUCAUUUGGAAUUGGAGCUUAGGGAAUCAUUGAUGGAGCAAUUCCAGUACCAGAAACAGUCUAAAAGAGAUAAAAAGCUUCGAAAGAAGGAGAAGCGCCAGAGGGAGGGUAUUGAGCAACAUGACUUGACGGCCAAAUAUGAUUAUUCGCUUCACAUACAAGAAAUCAGAGAGGAGUUCGAGGCCUUUUUGCAUGACGCUAGCAGGGAGGCCAUGAGUUUUCCACCACUCGAUGGCCACGGAAACAAGACCAUCAGCAAACUCGCAGGGCACUUCAACAUGAAGUGCAUUCGGUGCGGGGGAAAUGGCUUAAGUUUGUUCAUGAAAGUUGCAAAGACCAAAAAGACUUUCAGAUAUAUACCGGCAUACGACCAGAUUGGUUACAUCAUGAAACAACGGCCGGUUUUCAAAAGAGUUGACGUUAAGCCGCGUACUCAAGAGGAAAUUGAACAGACUGAUGGUAAAAAAGACCGUCGUGGACCAAAGGGUGACACAGUAGUGAGAGAGGGCGAUAUUGUUGGCGGCACGGCCCCAGAAAUCGGGGUGAAUAACAUCGGUCGGCAACUUCUUGAAAAAUUGGGUUGGAAUAAGGGAGAAGGUUUGGGUGCUCUCGGAAACAAAGGUAUUAGUGAACCACUCACUGCUACAGUGAAGAGGUCCAAGACAGGUCUUAAGUGAAGGCACAUGAUGUUUUUCAGAAAUAGAUUAUAGAGUGUACAAGAAUAUAGAAAGGACCACUGGACUCUUCGCUUAUCAACUUUACAUAAAUACAAAGGCUGAAAAUGAUGUUCAGCUCACCGCUUUU